AUGUUCGCUUACCACCAUCAACCAUCAUUCUCCUCCCUCCUUGGCUACUUAGAGGAGCAACAGUCUAGAGAAAGAUACGUCCAGGCCCAAAGAGAAGCUGCUGCUGCUGCUAUAGCUGCCGCAGCCAAGAGCCCUAAGAUCAUCAAGAAGGUUGAAACCGAAGACGCCUACCAGAUCCAGAUCUUCAAGAGUUCUGGUGACUUCAACAGCUACGAAGUCAAGGCAGUCAAGCCUCGUUCUCCUGGUGGCUACGACUUAGGUUUAGUCAACUUGGUCAUCGAAUCUGCUCCUGAAAAUUUCAAGAAGGUGUUCCAGUUCAACUUGGAGGACAUCAAGUUGUCUGACAUCGACUGGGAGUGGUAUCGUGCUGAAAACGUUUUAGUCUUGAACAUCCCAAAGAAGAUCAAGGUCUGCCACGAUGCUGAAACUCUUGCUGCUUUGUUCGGCUUGCAUUUGAACCCAUACAGCUUACAACCUUCCAGAGGCUGUGAGCAACAGGCUGAAGCUGCUAGAAGAGAGCAAGAAAGAGCUGAAGCCGCUAGAAGAGAGCAAGAAAGAGCUGAAGCCGCUCGAAGAGAGCAAGAAAGAGCUGAAGCCGCUAGAAGAGAGCAAGAAAGAGCCGAAGCACAAAGAGAGGCUGCUAGAAGAGAAGCUGCUAGAAGAGAAGCCGAAAGAUUGGCAGCCGAAGCUGAAAGAAAGGCUGAAGCUGAAAGAAAAGCAAGAAGAAUUGCCGAAGAAAGAGCCAGAAGAGAAGCUGAAAUCAAAGCCAGAAAGGCAAGAGAAGCUCAAGAAAACGCCAGAAAGGAAGCAGAGUUGAAAUCUAAGCAGGCCAGAGAGGAGGCCCAGAAGAAGGCAGAAGAAACCCGCGAAGAGAGAAGGAAAGAGUACGAAGAAAUCGCAAGAAAGCAACAAGAAUUCAUCCAAGAUAUCUUUUCUCAGAUGUUUGGAGUACCUUACCAAUACCAAUCUAGCGAAUCCCGCCAGGCCACCCCUGAACCUGAAGCCAAACCAGAAAAUAACCAAUCUGAACCAACUGUGCAUUUCCAAUCUGAAUUGAGAUCCAGCGCUGAUGGCGAUGACAGAUCUGACCAUUCGGACUCUGAGUCUAUCUCCUCCGAGCCAGAAACUGCUGCCAGCACCCCAGUCUCUAGUCCCGCUCCUGCUCCUGUUGAAAAGAAGAGAACCUUGUUGCUGAAGGUUCCAUCGAUGGAAGAGGUCGAGGAUGAAGAGUUUGUGAUUUUUAGAAAGAAGUUCAACCAAUAA